UUUUUGUAGUUUUGUCAGUUGUCUAUAACUUAUUGAAUUUUCGUCUUGUGCUGUGUGGUGUUGUAAACAUUCUAAAAUUGGUGAUUUUUAAUAAGAAAUAAACUAGCUAGUGCAUUUGUGUAGUAAAUUAAUAGUGAAAUAUAGUUAUUACAAUCUAUUUAUGCUAUAAUCUUGUUGCUGUGUCAUACAUAAAAGAAGUAACCUUAUUACUGCAGUGAAUACUUCUUGUACACCAUGGAAAACGACGAAAUCGGUAAUGAUUUAGUGCGUUUAGACAAUGGAUAUCUUGUCGACGAAGAGAAUAACAUACGUUGCGAAUAUGUCGUAAACUCUGAUGAUGUGUUGGAUGAGGAGAAUAAUUCGGAUUCAGGAAGUAAGAAUGCUCCGUUGCGGGAACAGGAUAGGUUCCUGCCUAUUGCAAACAUUGCUAAAAUCAUGAAGAGAGCUAUUCCUGAUAAUGGGAAAAUUGCCAAAGAUGCAAGGGAGUGUGUCCAGGAAUGCAUAUCUGAGUUCAUCUCAUUUGUCACGAGUGAAGCCAGUGAUCGUUGUCAAGUUGAGAAGAGGAAGACGAUUAACGGAGAAGAUGUCUUGUUUGCGAUGAAUGCACUGGGCUUUGAUAACUAUGUAGAGCCUCUGAAGCUGUAUCUCAAGAAAUAUCGAGAGAUUGUGCUGUCUCCUGUAACAGUGACAAAGUUGAACAAACCAAUAAUUGUAUAUGGAGAUGACGGAUCAGCAUGUUUACGAGCUGAGAGUGAGAGUGAACAAACAACAGAUUCAGCGGUGCUGUACCCAUACAAAGAAUUAAAAGUUAUCGACGAUUUUACCAUCUCAUGAAUCUGCAGACCGUACUUAGGGAUAAGUUAUUCAAGUUUCGUAAUGAUUAAUGGAAAUAUUUAACUCUAAUCGAUAAUAUCAUUAUUAGAGGCUAUGGCGCUUGAGUUUCCCACAAGAGGCGUUAGUGUGGCCUAAGGUCUCCUAACUAAAAGACUACUAGCAUCAAGACAUCAAAUUAACUUUUUACAGCUGCAAAGACCAAAAACUUCACUAACGCCACCUAGUGGACAUAAAAAAGCUAAUCCUCAAUGUAAUAGGUAUGUAUUAGUAUCCAAAAACUGAAAGACUGUCAUAGAAAAAGUACACAAUUUUACAACAACUAUACAUACAUAGAAACCGAUGGAUUGACCGUAGUUUCAAGUUAUCCUGGUUGAGUGAGUUGACGUCUUCCUGAUUAUAUUUUUAAAGUAUUGUGGUAUCGAACACCCAGUAUGAGUUGACAUUUUAUAACAAAACAGUGGGGUUAGGUACUUAGAACAAUGAAAUUGAAAAUCUAGAUGGAUUUUAAUAAUAGAAUACCUAACAAUUUUAUUAAAAUGGUAACACUUUAAAGUGCUGAUAAUGUGUGGGAGAAAUACAUGUAUAUUGUUUAUGUGUAUAUGUGUGUGUAUAAUGAUACUAGCCUAUGAAAUACUCCCAUCAUAUAGGGAGCGGUUUAUGCAUUACACAAAGCAUAUUUUAAUAUCUGAAAUAAAUGUUUAGAUACUUUGAUUCAUACAUUUAUAAGAUUUUUUAUAACCCAUGAUAUUCGAUAAUCAUUUUUCAUACAAUAUAGUCCAUAAACAAUAAUAUAAUAUUCAAUAAUAAAAUAUUUUUUACCAAUGAUCUUAGUAGUAUUGGCUAGAGACAAUCAACCAUAAUUUUUACGUGUUUUUUUAAGUAGUGCGUGAUAUGUAAGUGUAAGUUAAUAAAAUGUAUCUUAUGAAGAAUUAAUAA